AUGUCUGCCGACGACCCUCUGUCGCAGUCGGACGAUGAAUUGUUCAAUCCAAACUACAAGCUCGCCCACGAGACGGUCGAGACACUUCCACUCCGGAGACCCAAUAUGAGUGACGGCGACUCUGACGUCGAGACCAUGGCGAUCCUGUCUGUCCAUCGCCCCAGUGUGAAAUCUCAGAAUCUGCACUCGAUCCGACAGACGCAGCCAACACAAAUCAUUGAUCGAACCGCCGCUGCAAAUGGAAACAUGUCUUCCUCUCCUCCCAAGCCUGGCACCGUCCAGGUCACCGCUUCCUCUCCAAUGGCUGCACCCGAUACCCACCGGAAGCCCACUGGAAUCCUGGCAAGCGCCAUGGCACCGGCAGGGACGAUGUUCAGGAAACCAUAUCUUGUGCCCCAGCCUCGCCCCAUUCCCAUCACAAUCGACAGCGACGACGAUGGCCCCACCUACCGGGGAGGAUCAUCAGACAGCGAUGGCUCGGGCAUACGAUCGAACGAUAUCAAAACAUCUACAUUUGUGCGGAAGAAUAAGUCACCAGCCAAGAUUCCUGAAUCUCCGCAGGCGCAAAACAGCGGGUUUACUCGGUUCAUGGAAAUUACUUCACGGUCCAUGUUCAGAGGCUCACCAAACUCAACGUCGUCUGCUGGAUCGAACGGAGUGAAACGCUCUGCAGAUGUAAAUGCGAACGCUCACGGCAACGUCUCAAAGAGGCCUCGACAGACGGGACCCGCGCGUGCACUACCCGUGGUAUCAUCGUCGCUGGCCAAGCAACAACAAGAGAUGGACCUUGAUGAUAUCAGUGACUACCAGACCAGGGUGAAGGUCAAUCGAUUAGUGUCCAUGCUCAGUGCGGUAACCGUGAGAGAGUGUUAUGAGGUCCUGGUUUCAAAGAAAGGAGAUUACGAUGAAGCCGUCGAUGUGCUUCUUUUGAAGAGCGAGAAACGACAAUCUCAAAACAAGAACAGUAGAGUCGAUUUAACUGGUUCGGACGACGAGCUGAUGCCGACUCCCGCAGCCGGCAGGUCCGUCCCCCAACAUUCGAGUAUGAUAAGACAGCAGGCGAAGGCACCGCACAAGAGCAUUACAGAGAAAUGGAGCUCUACCCAGAAUAUCAGAAAGCCGUCCAAGUCAAUAGAUGUGUUCGAAACCCCUCCUCCGCAGAAGAAACGAACCUUGGUUCGUGGCAGGAAACAUUCUUCUUCACCUCCACCUGCGCCAGAAGAGGUUCCAAGCAAGCCCAAACGCGUCGUCACCGUUCAAUCGGAAGAAUCUGAUGCAGCCGCCCCAGCGGUCUCGUCGGAUGACGAGAGCAGAACGACCUUCCAAAGUCGUGUCCUUGAUCUGUUCAACACUUGUUCUGCGGCAGAUUUGGCAGAUAUUGCUUCCAUCAACCGCGACCUCGCCGAACACUUCUUGUCUAAACGACCCUUCAAGAACCUCAACGCCAUCAGGCAAAUUGAGGAUCCGAAAUUGAAGCCGGUCAAGACUAAACGGAAGACGGCUCCAACUGGUGACAGGAUCGUCGACAAGGUUGAGGAUAUGCUUGAGAGUUACGAAGCUGUUGACUACCUCGUCAAAAAAUGUCAAAAUCUUGCUAAGCCAUUGUCUGAUGAGAUGAAGAGUUGGGGGGUCAAAUUCACGGGUUCUCAAGACGGGGAGUUGGACAUGGCCUCCCUACAAGCCCCGCUGUCGAGCCAUGAUUCUGGUAUUGGAACACCUGUGAGUGACGACGAGGAGAUAAGGCGUUCGGGGUCGAAGAAAUUUAUCGGCCAGCCCUCAAUUAUGAACGACAACAUACAAAUGAAGGACUACCAAGUGGUGGGCUUGAAUUGGCUGAGUCUACUCUACAAGAAGGGGUUGAGCUGCAUCCUAGCUGAUGACAUGGGAUUGGGGAAGACUUGUCAGGUCAUUGCUUUUUUGGCCCACCUAUUCGAGCAAGGAAAGAUGGGACCACACCUUGUCGUGGUGCCUGCAGCGACUUUAGAAAACUGGCUCAAAGAGUUUCAGCGAUUUUGCCCAGCACUGAACGUCGAACCGUACUACGCGACAAGUCCCUCCGAGCGGCUGACGCUGAGAGAUUUUCUCGAGGAAAACCGCAAAGAAGUCAACGUUAUCGUCACUACUUAUACCAUCGCCAAAGGCAAAGACGAUGCUCCCUGGCUGAAAAGCUUCGGAUUCGACUGCACAAUUUACGAUGAGGGCCAUGUGUUGAAAAAUGCCGAUUCCCAAGUUGCCAGUAAAUUGGUAAAGAUACAAUGCAAUUUCCGCCUUUUGCUCACCGGAACCCCGUUACAGAACAACUUAAAAGAGCUCAUCUCCCUGCUCGCGUUCCUGAUGCCGGCUCUCUUCCGAGAGAAGGCGGAAGCGCUGAAGAACAUUUUCACCCACAAUUUCAAGGCGCUGGACAACAAUCACGAAAUGGUCCUAUCCGCACAAAGAAUUCAACGUGCGAAAAGCAUGCUCACCCCGUUCAUUUUGAGACGGAAAAAGCACCAAGUUCUUAAGGAUCUGCCUAAAAAAGAGCGAAGGGUAGAAUAUUGUGACUUGAGCCUUGAACAAUCUGAGCUCUAUCAGAUGUGGCUCGACAAGGCCUACGAUAUUCGUGGAAGGCGGGAGAGGGGUGAAAACGUGAGCCAGGAAUCUACAAAUAUCCUGAUGAAAUUGAGAUUCGCCGCCAUUCACCCAUUCCUCUUCCGGCGUCUCUAUCCUGAUAAACAGCUGCCUGUCAUUGCAAAACAAUGCUUGAGGGUGGAUCAAUGGCGCGAAUCAAAUCCCGAUCUCAUUUUCACUGAACUUCUUGAAUAUAGCGACAUGGAAAUUCAUACUUUGUGCGAUAAGCAUACGCAGCUUCGCCGCUUCGCACUGAACGGCGACGAGUGGCGAGCAAGCGGCAAAAUCCAGAAGAUGGUCGAACUUUUGCAUAAGUUCAUUUCUGAAGGCCACAGGACGUUGAUAUUUAGCCAGUUUGUCAUGGUCCUCGACAUUCUUGAGUUGGCCCUCGAGCGUGAGGGUAUCAGCUCGUUCCGACUUGAUGGUGCCACGAAAGUUUCAGAGCGACAAGACCUGAUCGAUGAGUUCUCUGCCGAUGACAAUGAUACGCCUGUCUUCAUGCUCAGCACUAAGGCAGGCGGAGCCGGUAUCAAUCUCGCCAAAGCGAACAAAGUCAUCAUUUUCGAUAGUGGCUUUAACCCGCAAGAUGAUAUUCAAGCCGAGAACCGGGCACACCGCAUCGGGCAAAAGAAAGACGUCGAAGUCAUUAGGUUGAUUUCUCGUGGCACUGUGGAAGAGCAGAUCUAUGCCAUGGGUCUUACGAAGCUGAAGCUUGAUGAACAAGUCGCUGGUGAUGGGGAAGAACAGCCUCCGAGGAAGGACAGUGAGGAGACCGAAAAGGAGGUAGAGGGCCGGAUGAUCGUCGAGGAGAUGUUCUUCAAGAAGAUCGAUGUCGAACCCAUGGAGAAGGUCAAGGCCGAGGUCGCUAGCCCUGUCAAGCAAAGAUCAGACUGGCCUUCAUCAGCACCAGAGCGAGUGGAUGUGGAUGUGGAAGAGGGCCGCAAAGUCCGCCGUGGCCGAAAGGGGAGCGUCGACUUGCCAACUCGUUCAAGAGUUCGUGGGGCAACAGUGAGAACCGAGAAUUGA